CUGCCUCUUCCUUCACAAUAGUUGCGAUGGACAAGGGGAUAAUAGCUAUUUAUCAUCCUUUUGACACCAUCCUGACAUUUGUCUUUUCCAUUCAGAUCCAUUGCCUUCCCUCCAAAAGAGCUAGGACAGCUCCUUCACUGGUUCAGCAAACUUCAAUCAUCAUACAAGAAUCACCAGUCAUUCCACAAGAUGCUCUCCUUGAAUCUGGCGUCCGAGCAUUGUUACUUGCGUCCUCCUCUGCACCAACUACCGAUGAAGUCCCUCUGAUACAAGCGCAGGACAGUCCAGACAACAGUAUGUUCUCCUUUCAGCUUGGGACAAUCAGUGCAGAAGACGAGGCCACACCAUCAGUAGAGUCGGCUCCAUUAUCCGAAGAAACCAAGGCCAAGCUUCAGGAAAUUCUGCAAUUACUGAACCAAAGAUAUUGGCCAACUGGUUCGAGAUGCCGAGCCGAUUCGUACUAUCUUGAAGUCUCUGAAAGGUACUCUUCCCGAAUCUCUUGAGGAAGCACUGCACCCUGCUGCUUAUAUCGAGAGCCAUCAGAUCUCAGUCCUCAAAGCUCAGAAACGCCUCUCUGAUCGUCUCCACCAAGAGCAAGCGAUCAAACAGAGAGAUGAUCUGAAGAAUCUAGUGGAAACAACUCGUGGGAAGAUUGCCUCCUUAACUCAAUCCAAGGCAGACAUGGAACAAUCCAGAAGAGACUUGGAACUCAAGCGAGAGUGCCUCAUCAAAGAACUAGAGCAAGUGACCCAAGAGAUUGCCGAUGUAGACAACAAACUAUCUCAACUUCCAUCGGCUCUCCAGCAACUUGAAACGGAGAAACAAGAACAAGCUAGCCAGACCUACCAACUCCAUAAAAGCAUUAAGCCAAUACCAGGUUCUGCCGAAGCUGACAACAAGGAAAUUCAAGAUGUUGAUGACAUUCGCCUACGUACAAUCUUUGUGAUCCAGAAUGCUCUUGGAUCAUUGUAAAACACUACUUGUUCUUGCUGCGGUGGAAAACCUCAACUGAUGUAUUGCAAACGAUGCUUAA